AUGAAAUUGGAAUGUGAAGAUGUUAUCAUUCCAAACCAAGGUAAAUAACCAAUAACAAGUAGCCACGAUGUUACUAAAAGUACCGCUUGCAGUUGUGGUUGCACACAUUUUAGGCAUCUUACUGAUGAACGGUUAUGACAGUUAGAUAUUUUCCAGGCUGGAACAACAAUACUGUUUUUAGUUUGUCUCUCUUCAAUUAAUGACAAAGUGACUGGUGAAACAAACGAUAUAUGAACCACGACAGCUGAUAUUUUUCAUUAUGCCGCCUGAACCAUCUUUUGUGGUAACUCUUUAAUUCCCUUUUCUAGUCUGUGUGUGAGGGAAGACAAGAGAACAAACAUCAUCUUUCGUAAAGCAUGAAGGGUGGCAUGGAUUUGCCAAAGCUGAGUGCUCCCCUGAUGUUUCGACGAAAAUUGCUGCUACAAAGAGUGUAAAUAAAAGGAUUCGUGGCAGAGUUAAGACCUACAAGGACAACCGAGGUAAUGUAGGUGUUUGAGCCGUAUGCAUAAAGGUCAGGCUCAAACUGAGACAGCAUAUAUAGUACUAAAUUUGGUAACCAACAUACUGUGUACAAGAUGCUAAUCACUGCCACCAUUCUAGUCACCUUUAGUUUUCUUUUGAGUUUAGCUUGGUCGGUCGUAAGUAACAAGGGUGUACGCUCCCCUCUUUUCCAAAGCCUGCUGAGAAUUUUCGAGUACAAUGCUGCCAUAACUCCCAUGGGAAUUACUCCGAAGAAGAAGAAGGCACCAACAGUGUAUGCUUUAGCCAGUGUUUUAUUCGGCCAAUCCUCCAUGCAAUGAAAUUUACUAUCUUCAUAGUGAGCAACAAAGAACAAAGGCAAGUUGAAAACUAGGGAAUAAAUCCAACUACCCAUUAUGGCAGCAGUUAAUCGACGCCUAUUUCUACGUCCUGGAAGCUCGCCACGAGGACGAACAACUGUAAGGUAAGCGCUCAACUGCGAUCGCUGCUAAAGAAAAGACAGACGCCCCUCCUCCAAUCCAAAUGAAGUUUCCUCCAGUAAUGAAUUUGCACAUGUAGUCUCCUGCAGUGCCGUUUGGGUGGUGAAAUGCCCAUUUGACCACGUACUGUGGAGUAAUAGCAAGAGCCACCAUCAUGUCCGACACAGCGAGGUUUACCAGCAGGUAAUUUAGUGGUGCUUUCAUGCCGUGAAAUCGCGAAACCACUAAGCACACCAAACCAUUACCAAUGAGAUUGAUCAAAACAAUCACAGAGAACGCCACGGUAAGGAUAAUAUCUGUUGUUGUCAUAGUUAUGUUUACUGGUGCUGUCGAAGCUGAAAGAGAAGUAAGAAAUAUUGGAAGUCAAAGUCCUCUCUAUGAGUGAAUUUCGUAUUGUUGGCUUUUCCUGUCGUUUACAAUCUUAGCAUAGUGAUUGACUCGAUGCUUUCCAGUGUCUAAUUUUUUGUCAUGUCCAUUCGAUAUACUCCUGUCUGGCAAAACCUGUUCAACAUGUAUGUACAACAGACGAACAUAUGAACAUAUAUCUCCAAGGAGUCUGCAAUAGGGCUGUCCCUAAGAUGUUCGGGAACGUUUGGGCAACUCUUCCGAUUUCGGGCAACUGUUUUCAUAUGGGAAACUUCUUAUGUUCUAAGACAGCUUUUUUAAAUUAUAACAGACCAAACUGGCAUAUGAAGCAAUAUUCUCGCUUUUUGGGUCACAAUCAUCACACACGUUUUCUAAUCAUUUCUUUCCACUGAUUUUUUUCAUAAGUCCUAGGCCACAGAGUCACAGACUUUCAAGCUAUUUGUACAUUCAUCUUCCGCGGUAAAAAAACCUCUUAUGCAUCAAAGAAUAUUUAAAGUAGAUCACAGAAAUGGCGAAUAUAGAGUCAAGCGAAAGUAGUUUAAACCAUAGCGUUACAUCAGAUAGAGUCAUUCAGCUUCAUAAAUGAAAAGUCAUCCGCUAGUGAAGGAAGCCAUUCCAGUAGUGAAGAACACAGCAAACUAUCUGGUAGAAAGAAAUAUCCUAAUUUUACAAUAAAUAAGCAAUAGUCCAGUUUCGAAUUGAAAAUUACCGCUGAAUACGAACAUUAACGACACAUUCAUACAGGCUUAGCCUCGACUUAAAGUAAAAUAUUCAGAAAUUCCGGCAAGUAAGUGUUUGAAAUUUGAAUAUACACAAUAGACAGAGAAAUAAACAGGUCUUUUUCUUGUUGGAAUUUGUGAAUAUAUUACUUCAGAUGGAGGCUAAGCCUGUAAAAAAUGCGUCUUCACUUCCUUAAUUCAGCGGUCAUAGUGAACUCGAAACUGGACUAUUUCCUGCUCUCUGAUUGGUCAAGAGCUGUGUUCUAUGAGAAAUGACACAAUGAUGACGCUAUUUGACUGUCUCUCGGCACUCUCGUGCGCCAUUUUCCGGGAAACUUAACCAGAAACGGAAGUUAAAAACUUUAAUUCAAAGUUAAAAUAUGGUAAAACAACAAAUGGACAACAAAUACGUAAUAUCCCAUAUCCUUAGCGACCAUAGAAAUGACGUCAGAACGUUAAAUCUUUUAGUGACACCAUUCUCUCUUUUUGCUAAUGGUUCCACUUGAGUUUUGAACAUGCUGUAAUUCUUUCAUUGGUCUAUAUAGACUAUGGAAAAUUGUUGUCUUUUUAUUAAAUAGCCAUCUUAGUCUUGACGCUUUGUGUCUCCACAUUGGUAGCAGAAGAAGAUCGAGGGGUGAUAGGUUACCGCAUAUUUUUUUUUUCUAAACCUGCAAAAAGCUCCUUAGAAAUGAUGAAAAGUAGAUCGCUAUCAAUAUUAAUACAGUAUCACUUUUUACAACAACUUGAUUGAAUGAUGGGGUCUUGAAAGGUGGUGCUACCUUUGGAGUUUGUGAAUGAAAUCCUUUGGUGUGACCUGUUAUGCAAAUAAAACCUUUCCAGCAGCACUACCACAUUUGAUUCUAGUUUUAGCUCAUUUUACAGGAAAAAACAUGUUUCCGCAUUCCACAGAAUGACAUUUGGAGUCUUCGUCGACUAAAUCUGCGACUUUGGUCAGCUCUGUGAGUGAAGGGAUAAGAAUAUGAAAAAGACAAAAAGGAAUAAUUUGGUUAUGCUUGAAAAUACUUCCCAGCAAGAACUGCUGAAGAAGCAGAGUGCUGUUUAAGAAACUACCUCGUUCAUUUCUUUUAAAGACGGUGAUGUGUCGACCAUUUUAUAAUUAUAUCUGCAUAAUUUGUAACGUCAUUAAAGUCAAAAUGACUAGAGGAAAUUACACAAUCAUGCAUGAACACCGAAAACUACCUGAAGCAUAACAAGUAGGAGAGCUAACCACACUGUCCUCUGCAUUUAGAGGCAAACAGCACGACUUAAUUAAGAUCAGUAAGGGGUCAUAAAGUGUUCCGUUGCCACUUGUCACGUUGGCAUAAUUGUUACCUUAGCGAUUAACAUUAUUAUUUUGUGUGUGUUGCGGAAAAUGUUCAUAUUCUUAUGGUUGUGAGGUAACGGUAAAACGUAGUGUUGGUGAAAUGUUUUUCUCAAUCAGUUUUGACGCAUAACCAACGAUGUUAAGAGGCUGUCCGCGUAAGAACCGGUAAGGCAAAUUUCGGUGUAUCACAGAUUGCCCUGAUUUUUUCAGUGGAAGAUAACUAUCCUAUCCCGUGAAGAAAUAUCACAUUUAUUUGGACCAACCCAAUUUUUUCUCUAUAUUACAGGAAGAUUUUCUCGGUCACCUAAAACUGGCCCGUUUGCAGUCAGAAGUGGUGCGAUUUUGCUGAAACUUUAGGGCUCUGUCAAACCUACCUUACAUGGCCGAAUAAGCCGAUUAUUUUACACACAAAAGUUUUAACUCUGAUUAACAGUGUCAAAGGUUAAUGGUUGCAUUCUGCGGAAAGUUGGCUGAGAUAUGACUUUUUUAAAAUGACCUUUAAUUUGCUCAGCAGGAAGAGUAAUUUGCAUAACUAGAGCUGAACGGUAAUUUCGCAAAAGUGGCACCUGACCCAGACUCAGGUCUAUGAUAAAUCAGAAGUACUAAGACCAGUCUACUUCUUAACGCAAUAAAAUUUGUGGGCACUCUUCUCUUUUAACAGUGUCAAAGUUUAAUGGUUGCAUUCUGGGGAAAGUUGGCUGAGAUAUGAUUUUUUUAAAAUGACCUUUAAUUUGCUCAGCAGGAAGAGUAAUUUGCAUAACUAGAGCUGAACAGUAAUUUCGCAAAAGUGGCACCUGACCCAGACUCAGGUCUAUGAUAAAUCAGAAGUACUAAGACCAGUCUACUUCUUAACGCAAUAAAAUUUGUGGGCACUCUUCUCUGCGCGCUGUACAAAGUUCCGUUAAUGUUACAAAAUUCGCCAUUUUGACAGCAAAGCUGGAAUUGUAACGGUCAGGGGCACCCAACGAGGAUAUAGUUCAAAACUACUUAACAUAGCAUUGUUGAACGUAUUUUAGUAUUCAAACGGUAGAUAUAGGCAUAUUUUUAUCCCCUAAAAACUUUUCAUCUGUUCGGAUUUCCUAGCUGAAAGUUUAGUGAUCCGAAAAUUAUAGGGAUAGAAACUUACCUUUCAGCCAGGAAAAGGCUCCCGAAAAUUCUAGGUGGCCUUUUUUAGGGUCAAAAUCCGUUAAAAAUGGGUAAUUAUACCAUUUUGUAGAUGUUCGAAAAUCCUAGGAGAGGCAGGUAAGCAAGAAAUUUUAGAACAAUUGCUUCGAAAAUUCUAGAACUCAAUCGUCUUCCGAACAGAUAUUUUCCCGAAAAUUGCCGUUGGGUGCCCCUGAACGGUCCGCAUUUGAUCGACUAAUUUCCACAAUUUUAAAGUUUUUAGUUGUCACCAAAUGUCAUUAGACCCUUUAAAUGUUAGAAUUUUGAAAACACGAGGAGAAAACUUGGUAAUCGCUUUUUCUUGGUUUUUUUCCUUGUCGACGAUCAGAACGCGACUUCAUUCUCCGUACGCAAAUUAGCCUUAGAUGCGUCGUUUCAACAAAUUGACAGGAAACAUAACUGCCUUUAUUUAACAUUUUUAAGGGAAAAAUAUCUCUUCUUUCCACGGAAAAACACGAACGAUAUAUGACUUAGAAUUCCCUUAGGUCUGUUUCCUUUACGAGGAAGAUGCAGUAGAAGAAGAUAUGUUUAAGCGAAUUAAAAUAAUUUAAUUAAUGUGGCCCGUCACGCAUUCCCCGAGAGUGGCCGUGUAUCGAUCAGUUCUUUUAUCUGAUUACAUUUUUUUUGAAGUGAUAGUUGUUGAUAAUCAUACAAUUUAAUCACUGUUAAUUCCGAUUCUUUACUGGGUGGGAAAUAUCGUGCUGUUGUAUUUAUUCAUUCUACGACCGUUUUAACUGAGUCACCACCCAUUUUUUAAGGGGAAAGCCCUGGGGACGAGGUCGCGUGACACCAUGGGCUGUCACAUUAAACCCUAUCCUAAUACGUGACAAUUAGCUACAAAGUAGCCACUUGGACACGGCCACUCUUAUUCACGAGCACUAGCACAAUACUUUCAAUUACACAAUUAACAAUUCACAAAUUCAAAUUAACAAUUCGCAAACAACUUCAGAAAUCCCGUGCGACACCAGAGGACCACACCUGCAAAGACACAUUUCCUAGAUCCCUAGCUAACUAUAGGCUACCCUACAAAGCUCUAGGGUGGUAUUAAAAGAGCAUUGUGUUUAUCGCCAAUUAACAACAUUUCAGUAAAAACGAGGGACGGCAUGCAGAAAAAGGCAUGGUUAUUGUUUACGGUCCGUCUCCUGUUAAAUCCCAAAAGUUUUUGCCGGCUGUUAAUCACACUAAAUUAAGGAUCCCUAUGUUCACUCCUGAGCUGAUGGAGAAAAGCACGUGCAAUCUUGUAUGAAAGACGAAAGUUUGUCAAUUAGGUCUCCUUUUCUAUCCUGGAUUUGAAUGGUAUUUUAAAGUAACACAAGAUUUUUUGAGCAUUACCACGUUGAACUGACCAGGUUGUUCUUCCUUUGACAUACACAUAGGUUGAAAACUUCUGGUUGAGGGUGUUGUGGUCUCAAUUCUUCAGCGAUUACUGCAACAAGCUUUUGCCUUUGGAACUCCUCGUCUUCUUGCAACAGAUCCCUAUGGUCAAGUUCAACUUGUAUACACUUGGGACUAUGUUUACGUGUUGACUCAAACGGGCCUAGAGUCCAACAUGCGCUGGCAAUAGGUGAGCACGGAAUUGAAACGGGGGUGGGGAAACUCCCUAUGAUGGUCUAUACGGGGAGGUUCCGCCCGAAAGGAGUAUCUUUUUCAGGCUUCAGGUAUAUGAAAGGAUGGGCAUUUCACUAGAUGAAGUAUAUAAAAGGGCGAGUGCGCUUAUUGUAGCCUUAGCAGCAUCUUUGGCGGUUCUUAAAGAAAAAAGAACUAAGUUUAAGAAUUGAAGGAAAAAGUAGAAGGACUUAAUUUUUCAGAAAUUAAUAUACACGGGAAAAAUUUCACCCCCUUAAGUACAAAUGCUUGUAAGAAUAGAGGUGGAACAGUGGGUAGAGAGGGUGGAAGGUAAAGUAGGUUAAAAAUGAAGAGAUGAGAUGGAGCACAUUGUUCAAGAGGGUAUAAAGACCAAAAAAAGAACAGCAGUCUGGAGACAUUUUUGAAGAAUUUUUUGCAUGAAGAAAAAAAAAAUGAUACUUACGUGAUGAUGGAACAAAACUUUGACUUAUUUCGCUGGCUAUCUGGAAAUUUACGACAUGUCUUCCUGCCACAGUACUUAUUUUGCCAAUAUGAUCCAGAGUGUGACCGGGGUAUUGACAAGACCUUAGGCUCGAUUUCCACCGUCUACCCGUCCAUUGGGGUUCAUUUUCCAGCACACAGGCUUACAAUCGAGCCUAACAAGACCUUGGCGCUCACAAAAACCUGCCAAGUAGGUGUCUGUGCCCUGUACACACUACCCCCCCUCUGGGGUCUGUACACAGGCUAUUAUUUCAGUUCCGAAUACCCACCAAGCCUCGAAUACGUCCUCUCGCUAAAAUGAGUUCAUUUUCAUUGUCUUGGCUACACUUGCUAGAUUAGACAAGUGACAGCCGGCUAAGUGCGACGUAAUAUCAUCCAUGCACUCUGUGACCAACACAUUUUCCUCCACAUCCCUACUGGAACCUCACUCUGUCUACGAUCUCGCGGAAGAACUGCUUGAUGAAAUAGCCCAAAAAGCCAUUUUUCACAACUGAUCUCUUCGGCGAUUUCAUUGACAUAAUUGAUCGACACAACGCUAUUGUUUUCUAAUCGACCACCCCUCUUUAGGAAUGCGUGACAGGCCACAGUAAUUGAAUUAUUUUAAGCCACGCAAUAUUCAUGAUAGCUCAUGAUAUAUUAUUCAGCUGCUUCUUCCUCGUUAAAAAACAAAAAAACAGACCUUAAGGGGAUUCUAAGUCAUGGUUUGUGUUUUUAUGUGGAAAGGAGAGUUAUUUUUCCCCUUAGAAAUGUGAAAUGUAAGCAACACAUCUAAGGCUAAUUUGCAUACGGAGAAUGAAAUCACGUUCAUCGUUGACAAGAAAAAGACCCAAGGAAAUGCGAUUACUAAGUUUUCUCCACAUGUUUUCAAACGUCCAACAUUUAAAGAGUCUAAUGACAUUUAGUGAUAACUAGAAACGUUAAAGCUGUGGAAAUUAGUCGAUCAGAUGCGGAUCCGUUACAAUUCCAGCUUUGCUGUCAAAAUGGCGAAUUUUGGAACAUUAACGGAACUUUGCACGGCACGCAAGGAGAGUGCCCACAAAUUUUAUUGCCUUAAGAAGUAGACUAGUCUUAGUACUUCUGAUUUAUCAUAGAAUUGAGUCUGGGUCAGGUGCCACUUUUGCGAAAUUACCGUUCAGCUCUAGUUAUGCAAAUUACUUUUCCUGCUGAGCAAAUUAAAGGUCAUUUUAAAAAAUUAAAUCAUAUCUCAGCCAACUUUCCCCAGAAUGCAACCAUUAAACCUUGAAACUAUUAAUCAGAGUUAAAACUUUUGUGUGUAAAAUAAUCAGCUUAUUCGGGUAGGUUUGACAGAGCCCUAAAGUUUCACCAAAAUCGCACCACUUCCGACGGCAAACUGGCUAGUUUUAGGUGUUGAUCGAAGCUUUAACCGGAAGCGUGGGCAUUUGCAUUGCCUUAUCGCCAAACAAUGCUCUUUUCAGCACGAAGCGAGCCCUUAGCUAAUUAUGAGCAUACCUGACUCUAACACCAUGAUGGCUUUGGAAGACGACAAGUCUACAGUCCAUAAAAAUAAAGGUCUGUUUAGACCACUGUCCUUCGCAGUUAUCACGGGAGCAAUGCAAACCCCCAAUUGACAAGAGCAGCCUGGAAACGACAUGCUACGUCAUUCACUAAAUUUUUAACAGCUGGUACAUCACGCAAUCCACAUUUCGUAACUUUCAGUUUCAACGAGUUUCAGUGCCAUCAUUCUCGACUGUAUACCUUGCUGUGAAACUUGAAUUAAUCCCGCUAAAAUUAAGGAAAGUCCUGAAUGGUAAAUUAUUUGCUUCGAUUUGAAGACUGAAGGUGAGUGAUACCUGGUUAUUUUAUUUUUACUUAACUUUCACUCUGAACUUAAGGCUAGAAUUAAUGCAACUGGAAUAACAACAUUUCCGUCAAUCCGUCUGCUAAAAUAGAUCUAUGAAACUCAAACGGUUAUGAGAAGAUAGAGUCUACAGCAAUAUGUUUCAUAAAAAUUUGUUAAGAAUCUUUCAUAACUUUUUUUGAAUUUCACUAUUUCCCUCACUGCUGCUGGUCAAAGUGUUUAUCAAAGAAAAGUGGAUAUGCGGAUUUAAAGCGGAUAUGUUCUGGCUCUGUUCUGAGAUAUGCCGUGACAGCGUGUCCUUGUCAAUCCUUCUGUUUAUUUCUUUAAGAAAUAGGGGUAGCAUAAAAGUAUUCCUGGGUUCAUUCUAGUUAAGAGGCGAAGAAAAAGAAAAAGUUCUCUGAGCAACAGCGGCGGAACUGCCGGGAUCGUGGCGGGCAUCACGCUUUCACAGGAUGCGGAUGUGACGUUGCCGGGGAGUUUUCAGAGGCUUAAAUUUUUUUUUUCUUGAGUUGAUUAGAUCAUUAUCCAACGAAGAAUCUGUUUCGAACUAAAUGGCCCUGGAGAUAUGGGGAACGUCUCAGCUGUUAAGGAGCUGUAAUGAAGAUACAUUUUCCGUCGACAUAUUCACUCGUCAACUAGACGUUUAGCGGGGAAUGGGGGGGGGGGAGGGGGGGUAAGGCAGUAGACGCUAGUGUGGGGUAUUUUGGACAAAAGCAAACUAAUGCAUUUUCAUAAAUUUUACGUCAUGUUCUGUGGAACGGCGCUCGUACCAUAAAAAGAAAGCAGGACCAAUUAAGGAAGUGAGUGUAAAUUGUAAGAAUUUUUGGGCUCCUCAGUUUUAGCUAAAACUGUGAGCCCCCAAACACUACAAUUAUGUCACACCAUGCAAAAUACUUUUUCGUCUUUUUGCGUAGAGGUAUAACCACGUUGUUUGUAGUUCCCAUACGCAAAUCCCUAGGUGUUUCGUGUUCAAUGUAAAAUUCAGUUCGUUUUUUAGGUACAUAUACAGGUAUUCUUAGUUUCCCUGAUGAAAUAUGCGUUAGUCACACGAAACGCAUUGGAGAUAAGAAAACAGUUUUUACAACUCAAGAAGUUCGCAUGAGGGCUAGUCACUGGUUUAUCCUUUUAAAAAAUAAUCAAAAGCGUCAACAGGUAAAAGCACCUAUGCAGAUUUUGCAACAGAACAGGUAGGAGAAACCAAAAUUAGAAGUAUGAAGUUUCUACUACGUUUAAAAGCAGUUGAUUUGUUGAUACCGUCGUCAUCUUCGCUGACGUAAGUUCAUGUCAGUAUUCCUUCUGGACUAGCUCCUGCUUAGACUUAUCAUAACUUCACUAAACAAAUGCAGUUUGAAUAUUUAGUUAUCUUGAACUUUAUCGGUGAAACUUGGGUAUUCGAACUCAAAUAUCUUUAUAGCCCUGAGUUAGGAAUUCGACAACUAGCAUGAUUUUGCUUUACUGGCAGCCAUUGAGACACAAAUAGGGAUUGAUAUGCUGCCGUAGUUCUUGCAUCUCCAACAUGGAUACCCUGCGCAACCCCAGUUGGGAGGUUAGGGGGAGGGUGGGUACUCCCCUAUUAAAAAUGACAGGAGUGCUCUUCAUAUCUUUUACUCCAUUCACCAUUCACUCCUGAACCACCUCUAAGCGCCCUUGAUGAUCUGCGUUCCAAUUGUCAUCAUCAUUCGGCCCUUUCGAUCAGGAUGCUCUGAACAAGAUCUUAUUCCGCGUGACGUAUUGCGGUCCGACAUCGUGUUCGCAAUAUCUCCCUUGUCAAUUCCGGAAUCCCUAGUCGAGAUAAGAAUUAUCUGGGACUCGGUCAAUGUCAUUUGUCCUUGUAUGUACACGGCCACUUAGUUUCCCCAGAAGAACGGAUUGAAUGAUAUUACCAUUUGCUCGUUCAUUUUGGCAAUGACCUGCAAAUUGGAGACGGCAUUUUAUCAGGUAGAAGUUUUCCGUAAAUCUGCUCACGUGUGGCGUGCUCAGACCAGUUCAUAUUUUGGACACAUCAGAGUAAUUGAGUUUGAUUUGUUUCGUCUAAGUGCUACUGUUGCCAGAACUUAGCAACUUUAGUACUAUCCUAUGGAACCUACUUGCUGUGAAAAGUGCAACAAACCCUUCCUAUGAAUUAUUUGUGAUUAGGUUCAGUUUUCUUCUUACUCCAAGACUUUUCCUUUUUGGUCCAUUUAAAUUUGCUAAUUGAUCGCUUUAUAACCACAAAAAAACUAACCAAAAGGAGAUAGUCACAGACAGCCACACCCUGCUUAUCAGUUGAUCUCUUUCUCCUACUCGAGUUAUGAUGUGUUUUCACAUAUUAUUAACUUUUUUUUAUUUUGUGAGAAUGAAAUGCAACAACAUGUUGCGAAUAAAGAAUCAUCAUUCGAUUGAUUUUUAGUUACAUCAGUUGAGGAAUAAAAUAAUUUAGACCUCGCCCAUAAAGAGAGUAUCUUUAAUUAAGGGUUGUGCUGGGAAUUCUCCGGCGGGAACUUCCGCAGUUUUUAUAUAGGAGAUCUUCAAUGAAUGAAAUUAUCUGAGUGGUACUUUAUUUAACUGGGUUUGUUAUAUAUACAUUUUUUCAUCUGCAGUUAUAUCGAGGAAGCAAUGGUCUCUAUGUCAUCAAUGGAUCUGGGCCUUACAGUGGCCUUCUCUGUUAUCGUUUUGAUGAAUCUCCUUGGUAACGGCUUGGUUUGUCUUGUGGUGUUUAAAUUUCGCGGCAUGAGAGCACCUAUUAAUUACCUGCUGGUGAACCUGGCUGUGUCAGACAUGAUGGUAGCUCUUGCUAUCACUCCACAGUACGUCAUCAAAUGGGCAUUUCACCACCCUAACGGCACUGCAGGAGAUACCAUGUGCAGGUUCUUAACUGGAGGUAACUUCAUAUGGGUUGGUCAGGCGGCAUCUACCUUCUCUUUAGUGAUAGUUGCAGUUGAACGAUUCUACGCGGUUGUUCGUCCUUUCAGCGACCAUUUGGGACGCAUGAAACAUCAAUUUAUUGGAAUGAUUACUGCCAGCUGGCUUUAUGCCCUGAUUUUUGAUCUUCCUCUGUUUUUUGUUGUUCAACACAAAGACGGAGUGAGCCACUGUGUAGAACAAUGGCCGAAUAAACAGUUAGCAAAAACAUACACAGUAACAUGCUUCUUUGUUUUUGGUGCUAUUCCCGUUGGUGUUAUGACAGUUUUAUACUCGAAAGUACUGUGGAAUCUCUGGAAAGGUGGUGGUGAACGCACACCACUAUUAGCAGAGCAGUCGCGGAUCCGCGCAAGAAAGAAAGUGACCAAGAUGGUUUUGAUCGUCAGUAUCAUUUAUGCGGCAUGUCGUCUACCAAAUUUGGUACUUUAUAUGCUAUCCCAGUAUAAACCUGAGCUCUAUCUAUAUGGUUCGUUUCCUUAUGUUACGACUGUUGUCCUUGUGGGUCUUAAUUCAGCAAUGAAUCCUUUUAUUUAUGCUCUUCAAAGCACAAACUUUCGGCAGCGCAUCAGAGGCGCACUCUGCUGCUUUUCGUCCAGUACAUAGCGGCAGACCUGUUAUGGUUAAUAAUUAAUAAUUUACUUCAUUGUUGUUGGAAAAUUGGGCUACGUCCUCGGCUUUUUAACAGAAUAUUGAAUAUUCAAGUGAAGCCCUCAAGGUUACAUGACUAAGACUAGACUGCGAUCUCGUUCGUAUCGUAGUUGCAUCUCCUAUUUAAAAAAAAAAAAACAAUGAAAAAAGGGGCUUGAGAACCCAUGCGACAGCCCCUAAGUUAUUCCACCAGACUGCCAAGGGUUUUGUUUUUUAAGUAUUCCGUUUUUACUUGUUACCGUUAGUGAAUGGAAUUCUUUCUCGUCUGUUACCUGUGAAUCUAUUGUAGUGGGAGCCUUAAUUCUUUCAAAGUCUUCCUUUUAAGUUAUUUACGCUCAAUCGAUUAUUAAUCGAUAACUAUUUUCUAUUUUAUUCUAUUUAUUAUUAUUCUUAUUAGUUAUUUCUAAUCUUAUGUUGUGAAUGUAUUUAUCUUAUUUUGUGUAUUAUUAUGUGUGCAUGUACAAGUCAGUUAGAUUUAUGAAAGGAGAGUAACCCUAAAAAUAAUGGGAAUUCAGUUUCUUCCUGAAGCGACCCCGCCAUCUUUUACCUUUUCUUUUAUUAGUAAAGCCUCUUAAAGUUAAAGAAAGCUACACUGCUCAAAUUCAGCUACUUUCUUGCUCCUUGGGUCCUUUUUUCUCAGGCUCUCUACAGGGUCGUUUAUCGUAGAAAGAAUACAGAAGACCCUGAGAACGAGGUUGGCAGAUUUGAUAUAUUUAAAUAAGGUAAUAAAUUAACUGAAAAAACACCGAACUUACGCGAAAGCUGACCAAAAUGUUUCCCCUAGCAACUAGAAACACGAAAUUUUAAGAGUAUUUUGUUAACCAAAUUUCAAAAGAAAAUAUUCUUGGUUUGCAAGCACGUGACAUGGAGGCCAUGUUGGUGGUCAAUACAAUAAAAAUUAUUUCAAAGAAUUUAAAGUUAUCAACUCCCCUAGCAAUCUCAACUGCGCCUAGCCCUUGCUUGCAUUUUUUGUUUUUAACUUGAAUCGCCUUCUAGCAUUUUCAGUCCAGCUUUCAUUUCAACGUUGUUUCUUCAAGAGUACUAAGUAGUAGGUUCCUGUCCGGAGUAUCUCUUUUUCGGUCAGAAGUUUUGCGUCAAAAUAGUGUAACUGCGUUGACCAUUCAUUUGCUGUAUUUCAUUUUUGAUGUAUUUCUUUGCGCUCGCAGUAUUUCUGAAGUUUUAUUUUCACCUAGUAUUUCAGUUUAAAAUACAGCACAUCAAAUACGACAAAUCACGGUACAUCGAACCUAAUGCCAGUCAAGUCUUUUGGGUCAAUUGUCUACCAUCUUGCCCAUUGCUGUAACCGUCGAGGAUUCAAAUCGGAAUAAAGUUGUUGGUCUAUUGUUAGCGCUGAUCAGCAAAAGAAGUCGCCUCACGGCAGCCAUAGCAUUUACAUGAAAAUAGAUUUUAGCCUGUGAUCGAAAUGUUUUUGUUCUUGACCAUCUAAAUAUAAAUAUGUCUAAGUAUAAAAUAUAAAACCUUGAGUACUGCCUUCAAAACAACACUGUCUUUAACUCUUUUUGUUUCCCCCUUGCUCAGAUGUUUUUUUCCUCAUUUGAAAUGCUUUUAAGUUUUUUUGGUUUGUGUUGCGCCAAGAGAGAAUCUUUUGGUUGCUGGCACAUACCCAUCAACAACACACAUUCAGACUAUUUCACUUUCAGGGGUUCAGCGCGUAUGAAUAAUAUGUACCAAAGAUGAUGGAAACAAACCGGAUUCAUUGUUAAUUUUCUAAUGUAAAGCAUAGGGCAAUUAAUCUUUUGUUUAGGUCUGAAACAUCCUAAGUUAAACUGCGGCGUAAUAACUUCCAAUUAAAAAAUUACGCAGAUUCAAUUAAGAAAAAGCUAUCUUCUUUUUUUUCCCGUUUGACUUAUGAAAAGCAUUGGUAAAGGGGUGGCAAGUGUUACUUACUUUUGUCUUGCGUCAGAUUGACUGAUGUAUUUACUGUUUAAAGAAAAGCGCAGUCGGAGAGAAAACUAAUCACUUUUACUUCGACAGUUCUGUUUAGACAACGCUAUAAACUAUUUCAGAUUCUAAGUUAAAUUCUUCGCAGUAAAAAACGUAAUCACAAAUGAAAGCGGGAUAUUAAUCAACUGUUGGCUUAUAGAAAUGGACCUAAAGAAAACAAAAACCUCUUUCGAGGUAACUAAAUUUAUCUAUCGUUAAUCAUUUUUAUCGUUGAAUUAUCUUUCAAUUUUCCAAUCGUAUUAGCAAUGCGUAUAAAUUAUUAUAUUGAUUUAAUUUUGACUUGAAAUAUUGCGACGCUCCAAAUUGCGGUAACAGCACACAUCCACGAUUGCCGAUUGUUCGCGACCUGCUAAAAUUAAAUUCGCCAAGAUCAGAUCCGACUGUAAAACUAAAUACAAACUUUCUUUUUGAAGGCCGAUUGAAAUAACAUUUUCUAAUUCCUAAUAAGCACAUUUCAUGGAAUCUGCCGUGUCGCAUUAGGUGGUAAAGAGCAGUUGUAAUGAAGCACAAUACAGCUUCUUAAAAGCAUGCAGAGCAUUAGAUUUUAACUUUGCCACCCUUUUCGCUUUAAUUGGUGAAUAGAAAACUUUUCAUAUCCUGUUUUCACAGCUUUAACCAUAUUGAUGCUGGUACUGACAGAAACCUCUAACGAUUGGCGCCCUUCCUUAAAUAUUAUCAUAAAUUUGAUUGACGAAAAAUCAUCGAUGCUCUUGAGGCUUUGCAUGGUGCGCUAAGGUUAGAUAGUCAGGGAUGACUUGUAAAAGCGCGACUGAUUAGAUGAAGUUGAACCAAUGUUAACUAAAAACAAAAUGUCUUCUGAGAACGACAUUGCGCUUUUAUCAGCUUUUUCACUACUGUCGCUUACCGACUUUGUUGGUAACGCGUUAGUUUGCUCAAUUAUUCUACAAUGGAAGAGAUUCAGAUUUCGCCGCUCUGCCCUGGAUUUUCUGUUUCUGAACUUAGCCAUAGCCGAUGUGAUGGUGGCGGUGUUUGCGAUCCCUCGUUACGUUUUACACGGCGUUUUUAUCCACCCUCGAGGUUUGGUAGGAGACUAUCUGUGCCGCUACAUUACGGGAGGAAAUCUGAUGUGGACUGCCGGGUCAGCGUCCGUGUUUACUCUUGUUACCAUCGCUUUUGAGCGCCGCCAUGUUGCUGAUGUUGUUUUAGGACCCUAUGGCUUUACGAAAGACUUCUCACAGUCAAAAUUGCUAGCUUUCGUGAUAAUGUCCUGGAUUUUUGCGCUGUUGCUUAAUCUUCCAUUAUUUUUUAUCAUGUCAUAUGACGAAGAAAUCGACUUUUGCACAGAAAACUGGCCGCAUCCCGUUCUUCCUAAAUUAUACGGCGUACUCUGGUUCACAGUAGUUGGAGCGUUACCUAUACUCUGUAUGACAAUUUUGUAUUCAAAAGUCGUUUAUCAGCUAUGGGUAAGAAAAGUAAGAACUCAACAAGUUAACCACAGAGCUCGUUUAAUUCCAAGAAGAAAAGCCACUAGAAUGGCUAUCACAUUGACAGUUAUUUAUUCCGUUUGUUGGCUACCAAAUCUGAUUCUGUACAUCUUAGCAUUUAAUCAUUCCAACUUUGUCUACGGCUCGCCGCUUUAUAAGUGGAGUGUAGUGCUCACAUGUUUAAACUCAGCUGUAAAUCCUUUUGUGUACACACUUCAAAGUAGGCGCUUUAGAACCUCAGUAAAACGAACGAUUAUGUGCAAGUAG